ACCGUACGAUGCCGGUCUCGGAAUUAGAGAAACAGCGCGAGAUAAAUAUCGCCCGCAACAAAGCUCGUUUACUGGAGUUGAACCUGGAGGAGGCCGCCUUCUUCAGCCCGGGCAAGACCGUCAAGAAGAAACCUUCACCUAGGAAACGCAAGGAGCCUUCACCGGACGCGGAUUAUGAGGAAGAGGAAUCUACCAAAGUUUCUCGCCGGGACGACAUGGACACGCCUGCGGAUGGUCGUCGCCGCAGUGCGCGUAACGCUGGGAAGAAGGUAGACUACAAGGCAGAACAAGCUCAGUCACUGCGGGAUCCAGAUGCCCUCAUCGUGUCGCGCAAGUCAAGAAACGGACCUCAAGGACGUCCUGCUGGUAGCAAGAGGAUCCACUCUUAUAAAGUCUACGGAUCCAUUCCUGGUAUUGAAGUUGGCACUUGGUGGGAGACUCGCGAAGCCUGCAGUAACGAUUCUAUUCACGCGCCAUGGGUCGCUGGUAUUUGCCCUGGUCCCGAAGGGGCCUAUUCUGUAGCAUUAUCAGGCGGAUACGAAGAUGACGUAGACAUGGGUUAUGGCUUCACGUACACAGGCUCCGGCGGUCGAGAUCUCAAAGGGACCAAGGCGAAACCCAAGAAUCUUCGUACUGCUCCCCAAAGCACCGACCAAAGUUUCGAAGAGAACAACUUCAAUAGAGCACUGAAGAGAUCAGCAGAAACGGGAAAACCCGUGCGUGUCAUCCGAGGCUACAAGUUACCAUCCAAAUACGGACCGGAGCAGGGGUAUCGUUACGAUGGUCUCUAUAAAGUUGAGAAGGCUUGGUUGGAAGAGGGGCUUAACCCCAAACGCCUGAAGGUGUGCAAAUUCGCAUUCAAGCGUCUGCCAAAUCAACCCCCCGUUCCGGUCAAGGGUGAAGAUGUCGAGAUCAAGCACGACGAAGAAUUGAAGGCUGAAGAAUCGUCCGAAAUGCAGGACAACGAGCACAAGCAGUGUGAAGAUGAACUGGAACACAAGACCAUUGAGCAGUCCGACUCGGUGGACAUUGUGGACGACGAGAACACGGAUCAAGUCGAUGAUUCAAUUUCAAAAUGAGAACAUCACCGUCCCCAUGCUGGUGGGCGUUUUGCCGUUACUGCAGAAUCCAUACCCCCAAGCUGUGAAUGCUCCCACUUGACCCCAAACAUUGCUGGAUUUGCCCUACCAUAUCUUGCGCAUUUAUAAUGUACGCAUUGUCUUGGAUGUUCAUGUAGCUAUAGUCUUGUCUUGUCGUUGCUUCCCC